GCUCGGGGACUAUCCUGUGGUCCGUCUCUCUGUGUAUGCCGGUUGGUUGGGUGCCUGGAGUAGAGUGAACUUCGCUGUUUUUAAAUAUCAAAUCAAAAUAUAAAAUGUACUACAAAUUCAGCGGGUUCUCCCAGAGACUCACCGGAUCUGCGCCGGCUCCCGCCUACUGCCCUCAGGGGCUGAGACCGGGUGUGCCUUCGCAGCCCCAGCCCAUGAUCUUCGCCACCCCGACCAAAGUGGUGUCCCAUUCAGGAGAAACUGUGCAGUACCUGGGGGCCAACAGAGUCCCUGACCUGCAGAGGCUCUUUCAGAGGUCUGAUGGAGUUCCUGUCCACCUGAAGCGGGGUGUUCCUGACAAGCUGCUGUACAGGACCACCAUGGCACUGACGAUAGGAGGGACCAUCUACUGCCUGGUAGCGCUUUACAUGGCCUCCCAGCCCAGGAAACGCUGAUCGGCAGCUUCCGUGUUGUCAGACUCAUCGUUUGUUAUUAGGGGUGCAACAAUUAAUCAAUGCAUCGAUUGUUGAUCAUCUGUCCUUAAAUUUCCAGAGCUUCGAUUACAUAAUGGUGAAUCGAUGCAUCAAAUCAGAACCCAGUUUGAAGCCUCCUGUUGCCUGUUUGCAUUAAAACCUUGAGUGUGAGAGUGCGCUUCUUUUAGUGCUAGUACAGUAGAUUAGCAUGUUGCUAGGAUACACACUUUAGGCCUCUACAUUCGCACUGGACAAGCCAUAUCAGAAGUAGGCCUAUUGUAUUCAUGUUUUCUUGAUGUAAAAAUUAAGGCAAUAUGUUUUUUUGUUUGGUUUUUUUUCUUCUUUCUUUUAAAUCUAUUAAAUCUACCGAUUUUACCUCAUUUUGUUUUAAAGCAUGUUGUAUUUGGAUUAUGUGGCAAUAUUAUUUAAAAAUAAAUUGAAUUUAGUACGAUAGUUACAUUAGUCAGGAUUUGUGAGAUUAAUUCAUAUGUUUUGCUUUGCUUUUGGACAUAAAAUGUUAACAGUAAUGAGCAACCGUAGUUCAGAUAGAAAUUUCUUCUGAUAAAAUAUAGUAUUUGUCAUUGUUACAAUGUUAAAGGGACAUCUGAUGCGGACAACGCAUAUUCUUUUCAGUUGUUUACUCAAGUCCUUUAUUUCUUUUUUUAUAAUUUGAAUGUAAGUUGUGCCUUUUUGUUUAACUGUUAUGCACAACAGUGUUUUUAGUUAUUGGAUCUUCUGUUAAAAAAAACUAAUGUUUGUUCUUUAUCAAUGCAUCAAUGCAUUGGUUAUCGUUGAUAAAUGCCUAUACGAUAAUCGAAUACGAAAUUAGGGUGCUGAUUGCACCACUUUUUGUUAUGAUAAAUUAUGUAAAGAGCAAUCAUCAACUCAGCAGCCUCAUUUAAAAAAUGAUCCAGUUAUGAUGUAUACUACGAUAUCAUUUCUAAUUCUACUUCCAUUUACAAGAAUGGUUUCGGGUCUCUUUCAUUUUGUGUGUUUAGUGUUUUUUUGUUUUAGUGACUGGCUUAAUUUAUUGUAGCAUCAACUAAACAGACAUAGAAAAAUAUGCUGUCUGUAUGUUAAUAGACCAGGGGUGUGCAUACACCCCCCGUCCCUCCAAGGGUCAGCUUGCAGCCUCUACAUAUAAGCCCACCCACCAAGGAUGCUUAAUUAGGUCUCGCAAAGUUUUGCUUCUUCGCUGUUUUUUUAAUGACAAAUUUUAUUAGGAUGAGAUUAUUCAAAUCUUGAAUUUAUUCACAAAUCUAAAACCUCCACACAGCUGUGCAAUGCAUCUUGCAGUAGCCUCUUUGGGUGGUGCUGUGCUGCAGGUUUAUGUGAGCACAUUUAGCUGGGAUGGUUUAAGCAGGGAGGACAGAUUCAAGGUAAACCCUCUAAUCAAGGUCUGAUGGAAGUGCUGGGAUUUUGUUGGGUGAGUUUGUCUGCUCGAGUGACAAUGAGAAUAAAAUAAAUAUAGCUUGCAUUAUUAUUUGAAUAAACCCGACUCGCAACAAGAAUUCCUGAUAUCAGAAUGGUGUAACUCUCAGAAGUACAGUCAUUAUCAUAGUAGUUGAGACACCGCGCUGCUGGUUGCAAUGUGUCACCUGCUGCCUCACAUAUAUUGUCACCACAACUUGGGGUGCAUCUGUUGCUGUCCGUGUACUUUUGGGAAAUAAAAAUAUAUUUUAUUUGUAAA